AUGGCCUUUCUUGCCGCCAUUCUGACGCUGGGACCGACCACUUAUACGUGCAUCCGCUGUUACGGAGACUGGCCCAUAGUUUUUAUUGCACUAGGACAGCUUGCGCCCUGGAGUUUCAAGAUGUUUAACGAUGGCGCGCGGGGCCGGCAAGCGGCAGCAGAAGCGGGCGGUUACGAACAACUAGCCUCUUCGAGUUCAGACAGUGAGCCAAAAUUUAACGAGUCCAGGGAUGGGUUCUACAUAUACUUGGGUGCUAUCGUAACGGUCAUAUUAUCGAUUCUCGGUUGGGCGGGCUUGACGAUGCUGAGCUAUGACCUAAAUCGCGUAAUGGAGACGUUGCAUUGGGUUUGGGUAAUAUACGCAGUGGGUUUGAUUUUAUCACCCAUAAUAAUCGUUUCGAUAUUUCAAUCACACGACAAGUCGGAAGUUUGCUUUGCGAAUGCGAGAGAAUUUGUCAAGACUAAUAGAUUCUGUAGUAUGAUUUUUAUGGUAAUGAUAUUUGUAAUGGCAACUUUUCAUAUAAUUGGAUCGCAUAUCAUUCUUUCGAGGAUUACUAACAAUUGGAAUGGACUUGCUCCUCAAGGAGCCGGGUUAAUAUCUUCGGUUGUUUUCUUUUUGGGAAAACGUCUAUUGUUCUUUGAUGUUGAUUGUAAUUGUGGUUAA